UUCGCGCCAGAUGCAAUCGACGAACAGUGUAUCAAGCUCUGUGAUUUUUCGUGUUACAUAAGUGGUUUGUGUAAUUUCCAUCGCCACAUGUUCUUAAAAGUGUUCACACAAGAUCCAAUCAUCGAAAUAUUCAAGUAUCAUUUAUACGCUGUUCAACGUGACAAUUCGUGACGAAUAGUGAUCGAAUAGUGGAAUCAUCAGUACAGUCGACGUGUGUCUGGAUUUUUACGAAUCGUUUGGAGUAUAGAAUGCUUAAUAUGCCAACGAUGGAAUGGUUGGAGAGCAGCAUUCCUUCGUCCAAGGACACACGAUGAUGGAUACGUGAAAGUUUGAGUGCGACAGUGAUCCCGGUAAAAUAGGACAAGCGUAUAUCGAUAGAUUUGUGGACAAAUCGUAUAAGAAUGUGUCGAAGUUCGGGAGAAGUUUCCAGUGGAAAAGAAAGGAGAGGAUCGUUGAGAUCGGCGAGGUGAUUCCUUGGGGAUAAUAGAAUGUCUUCCUGAAGAGAACGAGGAAUCUUAUAGACGAAGAUGUGCUGCUCGGCCGGCCCUGGUGGUAUCAGAUUGACCAGGUGUGGUGUCGUAUGCGGAAUUGCAGCGCUUGCAGCACUGAGCACAGCGCUUUUGGGCCCUGCUUGGCUUCACACCGAAGAGAAGUUGAAUAUUCCUCAAUUAUCCCAUAAUUUGGCCAAUGCUGUGAGUGUGCAUUUCAAGUUGGGUCUAUUCAGGGUCUGCCCUAAGAUCGUGAAGCCUGCCAAUCUGACAGUCCAAUUUUCUAUCUCUACACCUCCCUGUACUUACGUGAGAUACAGCAGCCUGGAGGAUGUAAGGCCGCAGGAGUUAGGGUUUCAUCAACUGGAGUUCACCCCCAUCGUCGUUUCGAAAAUAAGGAUCUCAGCACCGUUUCAAGUAGCUGCUGUGGCUCUAGUCCUCGCCGCUACAAUUUCAGCUUUAAUUGGACAUUGUUAUUCGGAUCAUAGAACUCUGGUGGCCUGUGGAUUAUUUCUCCUCAGUGGACUCUCGUUAGGUGGUGGCCUUAUAGUUCUAGCAUCUGCUUUGUCGGAUGCAUCGUUAGAGUUGCCGGCAAAAUAUAGUCUACCAUCUACUUCGAGUAUGCAAGCCGAUGACAAUGGUUUACCACAGUAUCAGUAUGGCUGGUGUCUUCAGUUAUCGGGGUUGGCUUUAAUUCUAGCAGAAGUGGCAGCUGUAUUGACUAUGUCUGGAUACAUGGCCCGUUUCUCAACAGUAGAAGAAAUGGUGAGAGUCAUGGUACCCGGUGCUGAGAGAAAAUUAAGGGAACAGAGAGGUCUGAGUUCAGAAUAUCUAGUUAGAACUCAUCAGAAGUCACCUGGACCUCCACAAGCUCGAGCUUUUGGACAACCUUCAAAAACAUCCCAAAGAGCUCCCGAAGAAGGAACAUCUUUGUUAUGCAAAACUGCACCCGAUAUCUGUGCCUCGAAUCCUCAAGCUAUUAGCUACGUCGAUAAGGCAGACCUCUCUCAUGUUUUACCAGCAUAUCCAGAUACAAAAAACACGGAUUCUAGAUAUAGCUUCGGGGAUAAGUCAGAAGCUAGUGUUAUCGACUCACGAUUAAGUGGUUUUGCCGAUAAGGAAGGUUUAAUCGAUUAUAGAAUUUUAUCUGAUUCUCGACAGAAUAUGAUUGCUUUCACAGAAAGUAAGGAACAUCCAGUUGGCCAAGAGCCACGAUAUAGCGAAUUUUCUCCUAGAACUACGGAACAAAAUAUCGUGGAUUCUAGAUUGAGUGGCUUUACCGAAAAGGAAGGUCUCCUCGAUUCCAGACUCAGUGGAUAUGGAGAAAAAAAUGAAUCGUUAUUGGAUACUCCUUUUGGUUAUGAUACGCGAUACAAUAGUUUAGCAGGACAGACAGUGCCCAUUACCUUGAAGAAUCAGAAUACGUCUGUUUCAGCUAUUCAAUCUCAAUAUAUCUAUCAGAAUUUCGGCACAAUACACUCAGGGAUUCUUAGAGUAUCCGAACCAGGAACUAGUUCAAGUUCAAACUCUAGUCAAAGAAGCAUGACACUUCAAAAUCCGAAAAGAAAGUCUCAAAUCGCUCAAAAUACAUUUAGUACAAUGGAAUGCGAGAAGAAAAAACGAGGACCUGGCUUGGCUGGCAAGACAGGUUUCUACACAGGCAGCGCCGUAUGACCACCACCACCUCCUCCGACGCCCAGGUAACUGCAAGAGGAGGAAACGCCACUUUAAUCCUAAAUAUUAGGAAACGAUGAACUAGUGGCGUGAAAUCUGAAUCGUUGGAGGAAUAAACUUUGAUAAUUGUUAUGGAAGAAAUCUACGUUAUUAAGAGAGAUAUAUAAAUCUCUGUCGUAUCUACUGAUGAUUAUGUAGAUACAAAUAUGUUUAUCUUGUGAGAAAAUAGUAUCUACAAAUGAUCAUAUAGUUCCCUGUGAUUUCAUAAUCUAAGUACGAAUGAAAAAAAAUUCUGUGAACAGGGUGCAGACUUAUUACAAGAUUUGAUGCAAAUUAAGGGGGAAAAAAGAACUUGUAUAUAAAUUAUCGAUAAUAAGAUUAAAAUUACGAUCUUUCUUUACGAAAGAGAAUCUCGAAACGAAUUUUUUUAACGUUUCGUAAUUACUCAAGCGACGUGUCACAUAGUCAUUAUAACAACCGACAUGUUAAUCGAUAAAAUAAGAAGAAAACAAGAAUUGUGGUAGCGUGCAUAAACUAGGCGUAGCAUUAAGUGGCAUAGGCAACGUAUCUUAAGAAAAUUAAUGUAUAAGCUCGAUUUUACCAAAGAAUUUAUACCUUUUAUUCGUGAAAAUGAUCUCGUUGCCUCUAUAAAAACUGGUCGAUCGUUCAUUACAAAUAACAGAGUUGUAGGAUUAUAGUCAAUUGAUCCGCUGAAUCAUUUCAUUUUUAAAGAAAAAUCUCAACAGCAUUCAUCUAUAUCUAAUGAAUAUUAUCAAUUAUCAAACUUUUGUAAAUGAAAGAAAUCAGAAAUACACGACAAUUUGCAUGGAAAGUGGAUCAAGAGACAUGGAAAUUCGCAACUCACCGUUAAAUAAUUCAACUAAUCACAUAAUCGCGUUCUCAAGCUGCAUAACUAAUCGAACAGAGCUAUAAGUCAAAAAGGAAUAUUAAUGUAGUAUGGUGUAACACAUAAACUCGGUGGUAUAGUCACGAAUACUCAAUCGGGCGUGAACUCGUCUAACCAUUUUUGGGAAAAAGGUGAAAUAUAUCGUGAUUUAUGAGCGACAAUUCGAACGCAUACGUUUGACGAAUCGUGGAAAAGAUUUUACCAUAGCAACGUAUCAUCGACACGAAGCACAAUAAAUAUUAUUAUAUGCGAAGAUAAAAUAAAUGGAUUUAGAGUACAAAACAUUUUCUUACUGUUGUCGAACGAUAUUGUACACACGUUAAUCGCUUUGCUACAUUAUGAUUUAAAUAAUCGUUUCUCUUCGUAAUCCAUCUAUGGCAAAGUCUUUCAUUACGUUCGCCAAUCUUGGACAUAUCAAGAACGAAAUCGUUUUAUCCAAUCCGAUAUUAAAAUCGUGACUCGAACUCUUUUCCUAUUUCUCACGAUGUGCUCUCUUCAAGGGUUGAGAAUAUUUUAACGUCUCGAUGAACCCGUAAAAGUAUCACUCUCGAACCGGAUCGUAUGUUGUUGUGUAUGUAACUUUGCGUAUAUUAACGUAUACAAAUCGUAGGUAAAUGUAAUAAAACGUUUUUUUUUUUU